CUUAGUUUGCUUCUCCCCCACCUUACAGCCUCCCAUUUGUCCCAUGCAAUCCACUUCCCCUUCUUCUCCAAUUGCGCUUACACACCACCUUCCAUCUCCUCCCCACCGCUCCCCAUCUUCCCAUGGCGGAGCGGUCCCCACCUGAUCUCCUCGGUAACAAAAACCACUCUCCUCCUUCUGUCCUUCUUGCAAUUCCCGAAUACCCCCAAUUCCCACCUCCAACACUGCCCCCGUCGACGUCCCGACAGUUGGUCAUCUCCCAACCCCAAAAUCCUUCCGUCGCCACCUUCCGCUCAGGUACCUACGUUGUCCAAGUCCCCAAGGACCAAAUCUACCACGUGCCCCCGCCCGAAAACGCCUACAUUGUCGAACGCCACCAGGACCCGUCCCGCAAAAGAAAAAGGCCGUUAUGUUGCAACCUUUACUGCAUUGGCAUCUUGGCUUUCAUUGUCCUCCUUGUUGUCAUGCUCGUAACGAUUUUUUCUGUUAUGUUCGCCAAGUCCGAAAAUCCCAAAUUCAGCGUAGAACGUGUUGUUGUACAUAGCAAGAGUAAUGGACGGCCGGACUACAGCUUGACGUUGAGGGUUCGAAAUCCGAAUUCGAGAGUGGCAAUUGUGUACAAUGGUGGUGGUGCUAGCCUUCAUUUCAAGCAAAAAACAAUAGCUAACGGAAAAUACCCAUCUCUUACGCAAGGGACGGGCAAAUCAAAAGAGGUUACUAUCGUCGUCCACGGUGCAAACGUUAUUUUGCCUAAAGAGAUUAAGAAAAGCUUGGGAGUUAGUGAGAGCAGCAGCAGCACGAAGAAAGUGCAGGUUAGUUUGUCCCUCAACAUGAACAUUCCGGCGAGGUUGAGAAUUGGGACGUUGAAAAGUAGAAGCAUGAAAUUUCAUGCGACAUGUGAUAUAACGGUGGAUGAAUUGUCGAAACGGACUAAAGUAUUGAAGCAGGAAUGCGAAACCCAGCGGAAGUAGCAAUCAACGUUGGUGUUGGUGUUGUUUUUGUAUGACGAUUAGGAACAAGUUUGGAAGCCAUGUAGCGGUGGUAGUUGGUGCUAAUUCAAACUCAUCUGUACUGUAUUUUUUGUUCAUUAAUUAUACAUAUUUAUAUUUUGCCCUUA